AUGAAGACUAUUAAUAAGGGACAUAAAAAUAUAAGAGACUAUAUAUUUUCAUUCUUUGCUUUUCUUAUUUCUCGUGUCUUUCUUUUCUCCUUCUUGCUUUUCUUAUUUUCUUUCUUUUCUUUUUUCGUGGGAGAUGAAUUCAUUUAUGUAGCGUGCAUUUUAUUUUUUCUCAUACACUUCCCCGACCCAAAAUAUCUCGUUUUCACAAAACUCCUUUUUUGUUUAUUCAUUUUUUCUUUCGUUCCACUGUCUUUAUUUUUUUCUCUCUCUCUUUCUUUUCAAUCAUCGUCAGUAAUUAUUGCUUCUUCUUCUUUCUUUUUUUUUAUCCUUCUCUCUUAUGUGCCUCACUCACCUUUAUCUUCUCUUAUUCAUGCUUAUAGCUCAUUACUGAAUCAUUUAUAUGGGUCUGCUAUCACCUCUCUCUCUCUCUCUUUCUCUCUCUUUCUUAUACGUUCUCUUCCCAUCGCUUUCUAUAACACAUUCUCUGUACUCUUCUUUUUCAUUAUUUCUUCUUCUUCUUCUUCUUCUUCUUCUUCUUCUUCUUCUUCUUCUUCUUCUUCUUCUUCUUCUUCUCUCUCUCUCUCUCUCUCUCUCUCUCUCUCUUCAUUUUUCUAG